AUGAUGCGGCGAACAUUGAUGGCCAGUGGCAGCUGUAUGCUGUCUAUGAGGAAGCCUAACGCUCGCGACACGCUCAUUGAGAAGGAAAACCAGCUGCUGGUAAAGCGAAUCAUGACAGUGAAGUCUGUUUUCGACCCUAACGGGAAGGACUUGGAGGAGUUCCGCACCCACCAGCGCAGGGUUCAAGUGAUGCAGGAGUUCAGAGGAUCUGCAUGUGCGCGGCCGCCACCGCCGCCGGUGCCUGAACCCAAGCCCUCCAAGCCACGGGUGGCUGCCAGCCUUUCCGACACGAACCUGCGGCACCUCAGUGCCUUACUGUGUCCUUGGGACCUUCCAGCGAAGCGCUCGACAGUGCAGCCUGAGCCGCAAGCAGGCACAACGCGAGCAGAUGUCUCACCAGAGGAGCCACAACCUAGGGCGCAGCCUGCCGAGCUCGCUGUGGCCACGAGCCCUCAGCCCAUGGGGACCAUGGCCAGCGAGGCGGAGGCCACGGCCGUCUCGACGAGCUCGAGCGGCCCCAGCGGCCCAAGCGGCCCCAGUGGCCCGAGCCUAGAGAGCAGCGCGCCACCGCUUACGGACUCGGCCGCUCCCGUCCAGUCUACCUCCCUUUCCCCUCCCCUGCCGGCACAAGCACCCAACCAGGCCCAAACCCAACCCACGACCGCGAGUCCGAGUCCGUAUGCACUCCCUUCCGGAAGCGCCUCCCAGGAGGCAGUGCUUGCGCACGAGGGCGCACCCGUGCAGGCCCAAGCUGAGAAUGCCGACCACCUGGCAGGGCCUGCAUCGAUCACGGCCUCUCCUCCACAACCAGAGACUGUGAGCAGCGACCGGCAUGCAGAUCCCUUUGGGGACUUGGACCUUUUCGGCAAUCGCGGUACAGGCACCGGUCCUGCAGCAGCUGCACCAGCCGCGAAAGAGACGGCUCAGAACCGCCCUGCCGACCCUUUCGGUGGUCUCGAUCUUUUCGGCAAUCGUGCAGGCACAGAUGCGAGAACUACAGAAGCGACGGCGUCACCUUCUGCUCAAGCAGAGCCAAGCUUGACGAAUGCAAUGACAGCCCAGCCUGACAGGCAUGCCGAUCCUUUCGGCGAGCUUGACAUUUUCGGUAACAGUUUUAUCCGUCCUCGAACCUUCAACACCUUUACAGUGACGCGAAGCCUGCUGAAGGCGGUCGCCCGAGACGACGCCGUGGUUGACAAAAGGCCUCAGGUUCGGUACUGUAGCACGUCGAUUGAACAGGUAGACCAGGAAGUUGUCAUUGUAGACGAAGAAAGUUACGCUGUUGGUGGGGACGCGCUCACGAACAAGGCAGGCUGCCUGUCUUCGGCGAAUGCACUUCUGCUUUUUGACAGUGGCAGCAUGCCCAUGUCACCAAGCUUCUACACCAUCCUGACCGAGUGGCUGGAGGCGCAUCACGCCAAGAGUUCAGGCGAGAUCCGGAACAUUCACGUGCUCGGGAUCAUCAACGGCAACCUGGUCGUCAGCUUCCAGGGCUCAGGUCGCGUUCGCGUCUUCGUCAACAACGAGCAUAGUCUCGAGCUUCCGGAGACCAACAGACUUGGCUCCACCUCCCCUUUCGGCGUCGACUGGACCAAGAAGUACAGCAAAUACGUCAUCAACAGCCGCGGCUUGCGCUUUGCGGAGUUUGUCUUGAAGGCGUUGCCCGCCCAGGCAAGGCGAAAUGCAUGUUGUUCAGGCCAGAUCAGGCCAUUUUUGUUCCCGUGCGGUGUAGUCUUGUAA